UAUAAAAAUCGCAUUAAAACAAGAGUUUGGUGAUUCUCUGCUUUUUUUUUUGCUGUUAAGCAGAAAGAAAAAGUGAAAUUAAAGUGAAUUGAGAAAAUUGCCGUAGGAAGGAAGGAAAAAUUUAAUAACAAAUGCCAUGAUUUUUGCUUUCAUUUUAAUCAUAUCCAAUUGUUGUGUUGUUAUAAACAGUUCCAUUCAGUCAAAUGAAGCAGCAGAACAUCCAAAUGAAACAAACUCGUAUAUUCAGGACAGAGACAUUCCGAAGUUCGGAGAGCCGAUACAGAAUCAGACGAUAGCUGUGGGCAGAGAAGCUGUUUUUAGUUGUGUAGUUGAUAAUUUACAGACAUAUAAAAUUGCGUGGCUGAAAGUAGAUACACAAACAAUAUUAUCGAUUCAAACUCACAUUAUCACAAAGAAUCAUCGGAUGACAGUGUCACAUGUUGAGAAUCGAGCAUGGGUGCUGCGAAUACGAGAUGUCAAGGAAUCUGAUAAGGGAUGGUACAUGUGUCAGAUCAAUACUGAUCCCAUGAAGAAUCAAGUGGGCUACCUCAAUGUUGUGGUGCCCCCAGACAUCUUAGACUAUCCAACAAGUACUGAUAUGGUGGUGCGAGAAGGGAGCAACGUGACACUCAAAUGUGCAGCCCGAGGCUCACCACAACCAAAUAUCACUUGGAGACGAGAGGGCGGUGAAUCAAUUGCCAUAAGUGGACAACGUGAAGUGGUUACCUUUAAUGGAUCAAUAUUAAACAUAUCUCGCGUUAAUCGCUUACAUAUGGGCGCCUACUUGUGUAUAGCCUCGAAUGGAAUCCCGCCAACAGUUUCCAAAAGGGUGAUGUUGAUUGUUCAUUUUCCGCCCAUGUUGAUGAUACAAAAUCAAUUGGUUGGCAGUGCGAUUGGGCAAAAAAUAAUGCUCGAGUGCCAAUCCGAAGCCUAUCCCAAAUCGAUCAAUUAUUGGAUGAAAAAUGAGACGAUCAUCACGAAAGGAAAGCGAUUUGAGCCGGUGGAAACGGAGAACGCUUACAAAGUUAUCAUGAAAUUGACAAUUAAUUCAGUUGGUCAAAAUGAUUUUGGCGCUUAUAAGUGCGUCAGUAAAAAUUCACUCGGUGACACUGAUGGAACAAUCAAACUCUAUCACAUACCGCAAGCAACAUUGCAAACAACACUUCCGCCAACAACAACGACUACCCGAAUGGUGACUACGACAGCUGUACAUCCUAAUAUGAUUGAGAAAUCAAAUCACAAAACACGCGAAGAGUAUUUAACACAUAAAAAUGGAGGGACAUCAAAUAAUAAUAAUAAUCGGAAUUCAGACACCAGAGACAGGGAUCAUCGCCACCAAAGUGAAAGUAUAUCAAGCACAGAAGUACAGAAGAUGAAGGAGAACGAGAUAGCUUCAUCAACAAGUCGGCUGUCGUCACAGACAUUAGCAGCAUUAAUUUAUUCACUUUUAUGUUAUUGUUGCUUACAGAUUUAUCUUCAUUGAGUUUUCUUAUUGAUUUGUUUAUUUGUUAUGAGAAAUGAAGGAAGUAGGAUGAAAUUUUUUAUAGAACAAAUGCUUAUGACGAAUUUUUAAUAUUUUUUUAAAAAUUAAGAAAAGAAAAUGUAAAAUUUUUGGAAGCUUUUAUGGAAUCUUUUAUGUUUUUAAUAUGUGUUGAGUGUACAAUAAAUUUUGUUUGGUUAAACUAGCAUAAAGAAGUUCCUGCAGACGAAUUUAUACAAUAAUAGAAAUGAAAGCGAAGAUUUUUGAAGUUCAAAAAAUAAUAGUCAUGACUUGAGGACUCUGAACGAAUCAAAAAAUUA